AAAAAAAAAAAAAAGAGUAUAUCAGUAAAUGAUCACUCCCCGAGAUAUGCGCACAAAAGAGAUGAUUUGAAAGGCUCAAGGGACAACCUCAAUGCCGACCGACUUCGCCUGGGCGAUGAUACUUUUGCACAGUGACUGCAAACUUGUUCCAGACAACCGGAUCUCUGACUGCUUGAUCUUUGCGAUCUCGUACACAUGCUUCAGCGACACUUUGCCGAUGAAGUCCUUGCCUGGGUUUUCCGUGCCCCGCAGCCGGCCCUUGCGUAUCUCUACAUCUGCGGCUUUGAGCAACAGCCAGGAUGUGGUGGGGGUUCGGAGGUCGAAGGUAAACGAUCGAUCGGGGCGGACGGUGACGAGGGCUGGAAUCGGAGUCCCGGUUUCGAUGUGGGCGGUGCGAGCGUUGAAUUCCUGUUUGUGUAUUAUUAAGAAAUUAGGAACGAAAACAGCAGCACCGACAGCCAUCAAUUGAUGGAUAACCGUAACUGUGAUGGUACAUACCUUGCAGAAAUCCAUACUCUUCACACCUUUACUUCCGAGGGCGGGGCCAACGGGGGGACUGGGGCUGGCCUGUCCCGCUCCCACGAUGAGCUUGACGAUCAGCUCCCUUGCGGCGGCUUUCUGGGCCAUUGUGUAUGGAUGGGAGAGGGAUGGAGGGCGUGGUCAAGGGCAAGGGUAAAGGCAAAGACAGCCACUUCGAUUUCAAGUGGUCGUUCUCGAUGGGAGGAAAUCUUGUGAGAGCUGCUGGUGGUGCAUUGAUGCUUAAUGCCCUGAUGUCGCUUUUCUUUUUUUUUUUCCCUGUUGGGGAAUUUUGGCGGCUGCAGAUCCACCGACAGGGAUAAGUCUACUUAGCGCCCGCUUAAAAUAGCCGCGUCGAAGCUAGCCGCAUUGGCUGACUAAUCUUAUCAAACCCCCCCUGCUUUCUUCUUUUUCUAUCUCUUGUCUCUGGGUUUAAUAUUAAAUUAUUUUUUUAUUGUUGUACGGAGUACUCUGUACUAUUAAGUCAGAUAGCUCCUUUCCUCUGCCCCGCCGCUGCUUCCGCUCGCUGGCCCAGCUGGCGCUUUUGUUGCUUUGCCCUUGCCACGCCUGCGGCCCCCUCUUACCGCAUCCGGCAUAGCCCCGGAGCCCUUGUUUCUCCAGCGGGAAUCACUCACUGUGCAGCCGCCGGCUACCAUCAGCUAAACUACUUGUUUUGCUUCCAACAUCUCUUCUCUUCUCCCCCUCAGUAUUUCUCUUAUUUCUUUCUCCUAGAUCGGUUCGUUAUUCCUCUCUCAUCAUGAACUGGUUCAAACAGACAUUGGCCAAUGUUGCGGGGACGCAGGAACCCAUAUAUGGCCCGGAGGCCAUCCAGUCAGUGACGGUGCAGGCGAAGUCGCUGGGUACCCCAUACCGGGAGUUAACGAAGGACGAUUUGCGAUGGAGGGCGAUGCAGUCUACCUGCGUCGAGACCCAGACCUUCUAUCUCUUCUCCGACAGUGGGGAGCUAGCUAUGCUUCAGGUUAUCUAUAGCAAUGUCGCUGGAAUCCACACGACCUGCCAUUUCAACUCCAAGAUUUACGGCACGGACGGUAAGACACCGCAUAAAUGGUGCACCGACUCUGUUCAAAACUACAUGUUCGAUGAAGACAUGCUCUCCUUCGGCGGAGACAACAUUGCUCUCACGCUCAAUGCUGAAGGCGAUACCUACUCCGUCAAGUCAGCCAUGAACGAGGAAAGCCUCGUCAACGUCACUUUGAAACGCACCGCGCCCGGUUUUGCGGUUGGACGAAAUGGCACCUCGAACUUUGGUACCGACCCCGAAAAUCCGUGGGGGAGCAUGCGUCAUGUGUUUUGGCCACGAUGCCAGGUUGAGGGUACCAUUGUUACGCCUGAGAGGGAAAUUGACUUCAAAGGCCGUGGGCUGUUCAUUCAUGCCCUCCAGGGCAUGAAGCCUCAUCACCUUGCUGCACGGUGGAAUUUUGGAGCGUUCCAAUCUCCAACGUACUCUGCAGUGUUCAUGGAGUACACCACCCCUCCUUCAUACGGCUCCACCAUUGUGAGUGUUGGUGGCAUUGCGAAGGACGGCGAGCUCGUUGUUGCGGGUCCAGUGAAUCCCGCGAUCCAUCUCGAUUCUGUAGAAGAUACCUACAACGACUGGCCGGAACCCAAGUCGAUUAAGUUCACCUGGGAUGGGAAAUCGAAGGACGAUAAAGAUGUCGAAGCAGUUUUGGAAGGUUCUCUGGGCCAACGCCUUGAUCGCGUUGAUGUUAUGGCAGAGGUUCCAGGGCUUAUAAAAUCUAUCGUCGGAAGCGUUGCGGGAACAAGACCAUACAUUUACCAGUUUUCGCCUCAAGACAAGCUCUCCCUAAAGAUUCGCGUUGGGGACACCGAGGAUACAGAGCGAGGCACGCUCUAUUCGGAGGCAACUUUCAUUUCUUAGACCUUGCCCGAUUUUCUUUUUUCUUCUCUUGAAUGUAAUCAAAGACGAAGAAUUCUGUCAUUAUCACGGUUGACCCAUGAAUUGGCGUUGGGAUUCUCCUUUUUUUAAAUUCUAUCUUUUAAUCGUUCGCUCCCCUCGUUAUAUCUUUAUUUUUAAUCAAUUUUGAAAACGCCGUUUCAUGCAUUAAACGCCUAAAGCCCUACCCAUAUAUGCCAACGAUCCCCUGUUUUGAUUUCUUACGUUACCUUGAUAGGCCUUGAUAAUGCCUUCCCACCCCUUAUAAUAUUCUUAUUACUAUGAAAUGGAAUAACACUGGACGGUGUCGUCUCCGCCGUUCUGCCUAGGUACUCGAAUUUCCACUAUUAUUUUGUUAAUUUCCUCUUCUUUCAUCUAAGGUCCCCUGAGAUUAGGAGGGAAGUCCUGCUUCCCGCUACCGUGAACUGAUUACAGCCUAUCUACACAUCCCAUAAUUGUCUUGUUAGGCCCCUUUUCCUAACCUCAAUUCACUCAUACAACACAUCCAUCCUCUUCAACACCUAUCAACACCAACACAUCAGACCAUAGAACACCCUACCUUACUACUCUCCCCCUAUUCUAAUGCCUUUUUCUUCCUUUCACCCAACGAUCACCAGCCUCUCUGAUCUUGUUACUCUCACGAACAGCACAACCAAACCCAAAACUAGCCCUUAUCUCAUUUUCUGAAGACAGCGCUUCAUUCCUCCAAGUCUUCUCACAUCCAAUCCACUUCCUACAGUACCUGCCAUCUACAAUACCAGGAGGAAACCCCUUCUCUAAACCCCCCCGGUGUCACAAGAACGCAACAAAAAAGAGCGACAAGAAAUGGACACUAUUCAUCCGCACCGCAACCUUAACCCCAAAAACGUUGCCAGAUUUGUUCCAAGACGCCUGAAGUGAGUGAUGAAAUGCCCAAUAGCAUAAUACUUCUAUAUGGGAUUGUUCAGGCAGGGCCCAUGCUAUGUUUUCUACUCUACCCUUCUUCAGGGGUAGCCCUCCCAUUUUCCAAUGGCUUUUCUGCUUUCAUGUGGGAGAAUAGAAGAUUUAGAAACUGACUCUCAUAUGCUUCUACGGCUUCUAGAAAGUGUUUGAGAGAUAACAUCAUGGGCGUCAGUAAGUAUUAACUGCUCUUGAGGGAAAGGUUGCACAUUUCUCUCCCUCACUCGCAGCUUUUUCUUUUGCUCCUCUUAAUCGAACGAAGGACCAUGAGAACGAUAUAAAACACAUAGGUAUAGGGAUUGAUCCGGAGACUAACGUUGAGUGCCCUUUUUUCCUUUUUAAUUAUAGCCAAGCCCGCGAUUCGGUAGGUCGAUUUCAAAAAAUAAAUUCCCACAUAUCCACCAAUCCAGCCCUUGAGAGUACCGCGAGGUCCCCAACCUCCAACUCCUUUUUUGGUUAAAGGCAUUCAAACCGUCGAAAGAUCUUUUUGAUGUGUGGGGGGAAAUGUUCCCCGUGCACAGCGCUCGUUUUAUCGGAUAUAUUAUCCCCUUUAAUUUCUGGAUAUCUAAAAGAUCAACUCUUCUAACCCCCCCCCCCAAUCCUCAGUCGUCUCGCCCGUCGCGGUGGUGUGGUCCGCAUGCAGAAGGAUAUCUACGAUACCAUUCGGUCUGUGAUACUCAUGCGUCUUCGCGAGGUGUGUUCAUCUUCUGCUCCUCGACUUCGUCUUUGGAGCGGUUUCUCCCGAUUUUUUGCAUUUGAUUUCCUACUCUAAGGUGCAUGGGAACGAUAAGGGUGAGAGAGUUGGGAAAAUAUAUAUAUAUAUGAGGUUGGCUAAUGUUCCUUUUUUUUCUUCGAAUCACCUACAGAUUAUUCGAAAACUCGUCGUUUUGUUGGAAGGAUCGAAGUAUCCUAAUAAGGAGCGUAAGACUAUUACAGUUCGGGAUGUAAGUCCUCCCUUUGCAUUUAUAUGUCAUACAUUCUAUUUAUUCUAUUUUUGCAAAUCCGAGCAAAUCUCACCAAAAAAAAAAAAAAAAGGGAUUGGAUAGUUGUGCUUGAUUUGCAUAUAUUGUAGAGCACCUUUUCUUGGAUUUUAUCCUUUCUCGGUAUGAUAUUGCUAACCGAUUAUACCCUCCGUUGUCCGUGAAAGGUGGCGUUUAUCCUGCAAGAAGUAAGUGAUACUUAUUUUGCUUAUCGCCAUGGUUUUAUGAAUCUGGGUUGGCCCUGGGACCGUCUUUUCUGACUGAGGAAAGAGAGGAUGGGGAAUUCUGAAUUCACAAACUGAAGUUGGAACGCCAGCUAACACUUGUACCCAUUCGAAUAUAGAUGGGGAAUCCCGUCUACGGUUUCGAAUAGGCCAGGAUUCUGCGUGGUACAGACGUCUAUCUAUUGAAGAACCGAGGCAGAGAAUAGAUUCCGUCUGGAAAACGCUUGCAUUGUGUUCGGACUUCGACGACUUCGGUGCUCUGUUAUGCUGACUCGAGGAAUGCCAUAAGGGAUGGGGAUAUCUGUCAAAUGUGUGUGUGGAGGAACGAUUUAUGGGCGAUUUCUCUUAUUUCCUCUUUUGUGUUUUUUGCUGUUGUCUGUAUGAAGGGAAUGCAAUUGCAAUUGCGGACGACAGACGAAAUAUUUACAAUGUAGGGGGGGAUAUGAGACCUGAACUGGGAUGGAUUGUCUGUUUGUUUUUCGGGUUUGGCUGUUUGUUUGAAGUUGUUUGACUUCGAGGAAAAAGGGGUUGCAGGUGCAUGCUGUACGGAUUGGAAAAUGGGGAAGGCAUAACGGACAAUGGAGUAUCUAAAUGUCAUCUAACUUUUGCGAUAUGGGCUUUUUUCCUAAAAUGCACUUAUUAGUGUUUCUACCGUUCCUUUACUCAAUCCCAGUUUUCUGGCCUGCGCUUUUGAGCGUGGGUGGCGCUUGUUGACUAGGUUGAUAUUUCUGAGUGAAGGAAAUGGAUUCUUGCGGCGUGAUCGUUAAAUUUACAGAGCUAUCAGAAACUCUACCGGCGAUAGCGCUCUUAAAGUGAACGAGAUGCGUGGAUGAAUCAUCCCGUACACACUUCAUAUCAUUAAACCAUUCUUAGGGAGGAAAGGAUCCGUCCUUGUAGCUACAUGUCCCAUCCUCAUUAUCCCACAUGUAGCAAGAAAUUAUAUUUUAUACAUCUUCGAAUCAUAAAAAAAAAAGCCAGUAAAGGGACUACAGGAACAAACAAAAUUCCUAAACCAAAAAUCAGAGGCAAGCAACAUUACUUCGUCCGCUCACGAAUCUGCC